AAAUGAAUCAUGUGUUGGAUACCGUUAUCUUCAUAAACUGCAAUAUUAUUGAUUCACAUUACACAGAGACACAGUGUAGUUAAUUUAAAGAGAAACUAAAAGAACAAUGCGAUUCUCAAAAGCUUCCUUCUACACUCUUCUUCUCCGCAAACCUCAUAACCAUCACCAUCAAAACUACGUCGUUUUAUCGCGGCGUCGCGUAGUGACCUUGGCAGUGGGUGUGUUGAUCUUGCUGAGUGCUCUCUACAUUUUCUGGCCAUCGGGUCCUGAUCUGAAGAUCGUGGGGCUGAAACUGAGGCGCAUAAAGGUGCACCCUGUGCCGCCAAUCACCAUAGACAUCUCCAUGCUUCUCACGCUGAGGGUGCACAACGUUGACGUCUACUUCAUGGACUUCGGAGCGGUUAACGUCGCCGUCGCCUACAGGGGGAAGAUGCUGGGCCACGUGACGUCCAGGCGCAUGCACGUGAGGGCCAGGGGGUCUUCCUACGUGGAUGCUGACGUGGAAUUUGCUGGCAUCAGCGUGCUACCGGAGCUUGUGUUGCUGCUGGAGGACGUGGCCAGAGGUAUCGUACCCUUUGAUACCAUUAGCCAUGCUAAGGGCCAAUUGGGCCUUCUCUUCUUUCACUUCCCCAUCAAGGCAAAACUAUCGUGUGAGGUUGUGGUCAGUAUAAUAAACCAGACCAUUGUUCGUCAACAUUGUCUCCACGAGUGACCACACAGGGUCUCCCGAAGAGUCCAAAGAUGUAUGCCCCCACUCUAUGUGUAUGCAUCCAUUCAAAUUAAUUUAGAUGUGUGUAAUUGGUAAAUUUAAAAAUAAUAUUAGGUAGGUGCAUUGUGAAAUAACCCCCACUGUAACUAAUGUAUAAUAUUAAUAUUAUGGUUACCCUAAAAGAUAAAGUACUGUUUAAUUAAUUAAAAGAUCAGCAGCUGAAGCCCGACCGUAUGUAUUAAAGUUACAUAUAUGUGGCCGAAGUAAAAAUAUUGAUUAUUAUUGUAACAGUGGGUAGAGAUCACUCGUAAAUUAUGCUUACAUCCAUAUAUGUAGCUACAUUUUAAUUUGUAUUUCUUUUUCGCUUUUUGGACCGAAUUUUAAUCAAAACUUAAGGUUAUUUCUUUCCAUUACAA